AUUUUGAUUCAAACAGAAGCUUAACCAGGUACAUCUACAGGGACAGCAUCAUUCUGAUUGACACCAAGGUCAAUCGAAUUCAUAAUAUCCAAAAAAAAGAUGGCUUCCUUCGCGCAAAUGAAACUGAAACUCUCGACGUUUCCAUCCUCCUACCACGGCGAUCCUGAACUCGCGCCGAUUCGCAUCGUUGAGGAAUGCAAGGAGUUCCUUAACUCCGACAUCGGAAAGAAAGUCCUGCGCAUCAACAGCUCAGCACUGCAAAAAUUCGUGGAUGAAAAAGUGGACAUCAAUGAGGUAGCUGUUUCCUGUGCCAAAAGCUCGCCCUCAUCCAGCACUGGCGAAACUAGGACGGAUGUUGAAAACGGAGACCACAUCAAGUACGAGUACGAAACUAGACUGGAUGAUAUCGGACGAAUUUUGGCCUACAACGUUGUGAACUUCUCUUUUUUCCCAGAUGAGGGAGCAAAACCGUGGUUCAUUUCUGGUGGAAUAGGCAAGGAUGAUGAAGCAUAUGCAAUUACGGAAUCUCUGAAGAGGUGGGAGAAAAAGCUUGAAAAAGGAGAGGCGGGUGGGAAAGACAAAGGGUCAUCGAUCAUGUUGUCAUCUGAGGUGAGCACACCUUCUGAUGUGUCUUCCCAGGAUCAGGAAGUAGAUCCUGUUCACAGUGUAAAUAUAACCACACGAGCCUCUUCCUGUUGGCGUGAUCCUUCUUAUCUGCUCACCCUGACUUUGAAAGACAUGGAGAAAAUCUUCGAACCGGACACAGAAGCAGGCACGCUGCCAUUACUCGAGUGGCGACUGCAAUGCUUGCAUUCUUUGGCUACUGGGUAUCAAGCCAGUGGAGGGCUGGAAGCGAUGUUAAAGGAGAUGAACGUCAAGAACGACAACGACAUGAACAUUGAUAUGGAGAACAGCAAAAUCACGACGACGACGACGACGACAGUCGGCAGAUUUGUCAGCACUGUAUGCAAAUAUGUUCCAGCAUUUCGGGACAUCCGACGAGGUAUUGAGUUCGCCAAACGUCCUCAACUGGCAGCAUCCAUGCUCCACGCUGACAACUUGGUGAAUUUCAGCGAUAUUGAAGAAAGCAUCACGGUUUUUUCUGACUACCGUUUACCCCAGUUGUUCAUCGGUGUGGCGAUUUUCGCAAGCGAUUUGGUUUUGGAAGAGGUGGAUUGGAAAGUAAUGACCUCUACAGUUCAGGAACCUCGUAAUGAGGACCGAGGCGCAACUACAACUACACUCCACUCCCUCGUUACCAGUCACUCCCCCAUCGACGUGGAGACACCUCUAGAAACUGCUUUGCGAGCUGGGACUAUCGUUGCUGCGGCUGAGCUCCUCCAAAAACUCAAGGCGAAGUAUCCAGAGCGAGAAGGAAUCACAAUGGCAAAUCUAGAUUAUUAUUUGUGGCGGACAGCUGUAGACUUGGAUGGGAAAAAAGAGCUGCCGCCAUUUCAUAGGACGAGAACGUAUUGCUACUGAAUGAUCGGAAAAGAGUACUCGUAAUUUGCGAAGAACCUAGCGAAGGAAAAUUUUCGUUUCAUAGUAUCUAUGUAUAGGUACUUGCAUUUUUGAACAGGUGACUGCUCAUGCUGGUGUUAGUUUAUCGACCUUGUAGUUCGUGCUGACUCUGAGUUUUGAGUCCUCCGUUUCGUCCUCCGCUGAAAGAUGAUAAAAAAUGCGAUUGCCGAUUGUCGCGUCUUCUUCAUUGCUACUAUGAUCGGU